UACAUUAUGCAGAGGGGAAGAAUUCUCUUCGGCCUCCUCCAGCUCCUCCCAGGCAAGAUCCUCUGGCGGCGGCUGAGGCUGGACUCGAGCCAUCAGGUCUGCCCGUCUCUGCUCCUCCUGUGUGUAAUGUCACAUGACUCAACAUGAUGUCAUUUUACAUCAUGUGAUGUCACACAACUCAAUGUCAUGUAAUUUUACACCGUGUG